UCGCAACACAAUUUUUAAAGAGAAAAAAAAAUUCAUUAAAAAUGUUCAAAGCAGUUCUUUUUAUUUGUCUCUGUGUUGCAGUGCUAUCUGUAAGUGGACAGAGAAACCAAAAAAUGUCGAAACAAGCUCAAGGCAAUCAGAGACGAGGAAACAGUUUAAGUAGAACUCAAAUGGGUCAAAAUCGACCUCAAACUAGUCAAAAUCGAGCUCAAUUUGGUUCAAAACAUUCUCAAACUAGAAUGGUUCGACAAUUACCACAAAUGCCUGGAAUGAACCCAGCUGAGAUACCGAAAUUAAUGACUGAUGGAAUUCAAAAGGGAGUAGGUGUCAUGACUAAUAUGAUGGACCCUGGCAAAUGGAUGCAAGCAGCUUCCCAAAUGAUACCGAAAUCAAACGAUUCAUAAAUUAAUUAAAAUCAAAUAGAUUUCAUUAGUUUUGAACGAGUAGAUAACUUAGACAAUAAAAAGUAAAAUUAUGUAGAAAAAUGUACUGUCGUCAUAAAGACAAAUGGGUAAUUUCAUCAAUUCCACAUAAUAAUGUGUAGAAAUAGAAAAAAAAAUGUAUUUCUGUAUUGUUGAAAAUUUUUCUGAUAAUCUGCACUAAAAUAAACGAAAUAUGAAUAAA